AUGGCGCCGUUCAUCUUCGUGCCCCCCAAGAACCCCUCCGUCCCCAUCCCAGACUAUGUCUACUCGCACCCACUGUUCACGCGCCACUCCUCGCUCGCGUACCACGCCUUUGGGCUCGACUGGGCGCAGCGCAUGUACGGCCCGCACUACUUCUCCAUGCCGGCGCCGGUGCUCGGCUCGGUGCCCAUCCCUCUGCCGCGCGAGGUCGAGUUCAUGCUGCGCCAGUUCGACCUGGACGUGUGGUUCGACCCCGAGACGCCGCCAGAGACCAAGGCGAAGGUGUCGGCCUGGGCGCGCCGCGUGUACGCGACGCAUGACGGCUACCAGACUCUGCUUGGCUACCCCAACAAGCCCCCGAUGGGCAUGGAGCUCGCCCAGCUCGUCGUCAACUUCUGGGAGAUGAUGUACGGCCCCCACGUCGAGUUGACGGGGGGCUUCGGCCCGGUGUCCGCCCUCCCCGGUGACGUCAGCGCCGAGGCCGCGCCGUACCUUGUCAACAUGGCCAUGGUGCACGCCACCGCCGAGGACGACAGCGACGAGAGCGACGAGAGCGUCGAGGUGUCGUUUGCGGCGCCCUCGUCCGAGAGCCGCAGUCGCGACGUCACGCCGCAGCCCAGCGGUCACGACGAGCAUGGCGCUCCGGCCGCAAACGGAAGCAACAACAACAGCGGUGGAGACGGCCAGGCCGUCCCACCACCCACUUCGUCGGCUCCGGCCGAGGUCGACCACAACGCUACGCCGGCCACAGCUCCAAGUCACGCUUACGCCGUGGACACGUCGGAUGGGGAGGACACCAUCGAGGAGGUCGUCGUCAACCUCCCCGGCAGCCGCCGCCCCAGCACCGCUGCGAGUGCCGCUGAGGUCGUCCUCGCGUCGCCGGCGUCGACCACCUCGCCCCAGACGCCCGAGACCAUCAUCAAGACGCCCGAGGCGGAGGCUACCGGGCUGCAGCUCAGCCCCAAGGUCCACGAGGAGUCGCUCGAGGACGUCAAGAGCGUGGAGGUGUCAACAGCGCCCGCGCCAAAGAAGGGCAAGGGCCAGAAGAAGAAGAGGAAGGCGGCGAUCACCGCUUCUGUCGUCGAGGCGCCAGAGCCCGAGGUCACGGGGCUGCAGCUCAGCCCCAGUGUUCCUCACCAGCCGGUGGAGGUCAUUAAGAGUGUGACCGAGUCAGCGUCGCCGUCGCCAGCACCAGCACCGGCGCCCAAGAAGAACAAGAACAAGAAGAGGAAGGCCUCAGCCGCCGUGACGCCCCCGGCCGAGCAGGAGGUCCAUGGGCUGCAGAUCAGCCCUGAGGUUCCCGAUGAGCUACUGGAGGACGUCAAGGACGUCAAGGAUGUCAAGGACGUCAAGGACGUCAAGGAAGUCGAGGACGUCAAGGGCGUCAAGUACGUCAAGGACGUCAAGGACGUGGCUGAGUCGGCCGCACCGUCGACCAAGAAGAGCAAGACCCAGAAGAAGAAGGCGAAGAAGGCGCAGAAGGCUGCUGCCGCUGAGGCAGCGGCUGAGACUGUGGUGGCCGCGGCUGCUGAGGCGGACAAGGGCGUCAAGGCUGGCGACGAGGUCGCUGUGGAGACGAUCGUUUCGGAUGGCGCUGCGGCUCCCGUGAACGUCAUUUCCAAGGCCAUUGCCGACGUCCCUGCUGAGGCUCCCGCCGCCCCUGACGCGUCGGUGCCGCCGGCGACGCCAGAGACCCACGAGGCGGUCUCUACCACCGACGCUGUCGCCACCGCCGCCGAGGCCCCUGCCGAGGACGACGUCGCGGCGAACGCCCCCGCUCACUCUACCGACCCCGGCAAUGCUAUCGACCCGGCCGAGCCUGCCGACGCCCCCGAGGUGGCCAACGUCCCCCAGCCUGCCAGUACCGCCGAGCCUACCAGUGAGACCGAGCCCACCGAUGCCACCGAACCCCUCGAGGCAGCCGGCACUACCGAGCCCGUCGACCCCGCCGAGGCCGCUGAGGACGCCAACCCUACCAACCCCGUCAACGCAUCAUCCAAUGUCAGGACACAGAAGCGCAACCGCGCCAGGCGCGCCUCGGCGAAGAAGGAGAAGGUCGUGAAGGAGGAGAAGAAGAUCGAGGAGGAGGCAAGGAAGAGGCGUGUCGAGGUCGAGGAGGUUCCGGAUGAGCCGGUCCCCCUCCGCCGCCCCAGGACCGCCAUCGUCUGCACCAACCCCAAGUACGCGAAGACGUCGCCCCUCAUCUUCACCAAUCCCCUUCUAGAGACGACCAACCCCCAGAGCUCAUUCCUCAAGGAGUCUCCGCGCCGCGAACACAGUCGGAUAUGGCAGUCCCAGGACGUCAUCUCGGACCUUACCAACCGCAGAAUGAAGCACGGGUACCCGCUAGUCACGCCGACGGUGACCGACGAGAGCGGCUCGACGAGCAGCAGCGUGAGCGGUACGAGUACCGACGUGGCGGGCGCCGAGCUCGACACGGUGAUCACCAAGCAGCUUCCGAUGGCAGCGAACAUUGCCAAGGCGCUCAUGCUCCCGGUCGGUAGCGUCUCGGAGGUCUCGCUGCCUCACAACACUGUCACGGAGGCUCAGGACAUGGACGAGGAGAUGGCCGAGCUGAUGAAGGGACGCGAGAAGGGGCUGGUUUGGCCUGCCGAGACUUAUGGUCCCAAGGCGGCGACCAACAACAAGGCAUAG